AAACCAGUUUUGCAGAGCCUCAGGUCAGUUGGUGAACUUUACUAAGUCACAUUCCUCCCUCCGGUCCCCUCACGCCCCAGUUUGGCUUAAUAAAAGAAGACAUGGUAGGAUUUUGGGCAUUUUCCCCUUCACUUGCCCUCGAAGGUCUCACUCCGUUGUCUCGUCCGACUCUCUCUCUGCGCCUCUUCAAGAUGCUCGCCUUCCCUUCCUCAAAAUCUUGCUCAACUGCAAAACCAGUGCCUCCGAAUCUUCACUUAUCUCUCUCAGAUUCCUUUUCUGGAUCCAAAUCUCUCUCUUUCAACCCACAAACUGGAUUCAACCUCCGCCCGAAAUCUGUCCAAAUCAGAGCCAUGGAGGCCUCCCUAGACUACCACUUUGGAACCCAACUGCAAACCCAUAUCAAAACACCAACAAGCCUCAAAAUCGCAAUCAUUGGGUUCGGCAACUUCGGCCAGUUUCUAGCAAAAACCUUCGUCAGCCAGGGCCAUACCGUCCUCGCCCACUCUCGCUCUGACUACUCCGACACGGCCGCUAAGCUCAGCGUUUCCUUCUUCAGUGACCCGCACGACCUCUGCGAGGAACACCCAGAAGUGGUGAUGCUAUGCACCUCGAUCCUUUCGGCAAAAUCCGUGCUCAAAUCGAUUCCAUUUCAUAGACUGCGGCGUAGCACGCUGUUUGUGGACGUUUUGUCGGUGAAAGAAUUUCCCAGAAGCCUAUUUCUCGAAAUCUUGCCUGAAGAGUUCGAUAUCCUCUGUACACACCCAAUGUUCGGUCCGGAGAGCGGCAAAAAUGGGUGGGCAGGCCUUACUUUUAUGUACGAUAAGGUCAGAAUCGGAAACGAUGAUCCUAGAAUCUCAAGGUGUGGGAGAUUCUUGGAUGUUUUUGCAAUAGAAGGGUGCAGAAUGGUGGAGAUGAGCUGUGCAGAUCACGACAAGUACUCAGCGGAGUCUCAGUUCAUAACCCACACAAUGGGGAGGGUUUUAGAGAGGUUCGGGUUAGAAUCAAGCUCCAUUAACACCAAAGGGUAUGAAACAUUGCUGAAAUUGGUGGAGAACACAGCCAAGGACAGCUUUGAUUUGUACUGCGGGUUGUUCAUGUACAACAAUAAUGCCAUGGAGCAGCUGGAGAAGCUGGAGUUGGCCUUUCAGUCUCUGAAGAGGGAACUUUUUGGGAAUUUGCAAUCUCUUUAUGGAAGGCAGUUGUUUGAAGAAGGAGAGUGAGAGGAGAGAGACCUGGCGCAAAAGCUGCUCCUUAAUAGUGUUUUGGAUUAUUGGAAACUUACAACUCUUUAGUUGGUUUGUUUAUCAUCGGGAGGAGUGCAAAUGCAAUGGAAUUAUUGAAAAUCAAAUUUCAUUCUUAUGAUUUA